GGAAAGAUACGAGAAAAGCAAUGAAAAAAACUUUGGGGUGCAGUCUAAUAUUUUGGAUAAUCACAGUUGUCGUCUAGUUAAUCCCCAUAAUAGUUGUUCCCUUAAAGCACCAUUGAAAAGAGCCUUCAAGUUUUGUGUACGAUUCAAACUGAUCUUCGAAAAUGAACCGGAGUAACGUGACGAGGAAAAGGGCCACGAUGAUGUUGGAUUUCGACGAUGAAGACGACAAUAUAUUGGGAGCGUUGCCACCGCCAAAUGCGAAAAAGAGAAAAGAAGAAGAUAUUGAUAAUCUAGCUACUGGUCCUGCUGAUUUCAUUAAGACACUAACAGAAGCUGGGUUUCAUCCAAGGACGGGAAACCUGCCUAACCUACUGAGUGUUCAACAAUUCGAGUUCCAACAGAGCUUGAGAGAAAACCUAACAACUAGUGUUCACUAUCCAAGGAGCAUUGAAUUUUUUGUGUCUGAGUGUGAUACUUUUUUCAACAACAGAGACAACUUUAUAAAGGCAUUACAUUUAACAGAGAAUUCAGGAGACCAAGAAACCAGCAAUGCUAUUACUUUGCCUCAGGAUUCCCUUGUAAGGUUGUUGCUGCAAAUCGAUGAAAUCCAAACAAAGUUGAUGGCUACCAUUUUGAAAAGAUUCACGAAGGCAGCCAAAGAGGAGAGGCCGUUAGCUACGGGGGUCAAUCUUCCCUCUUUGAUUCUUUCCCAAAUUGCCUGGUUAAAUCGGAUAGUGGACCCUGUGCAUGUCGUCGACACGCUCUUGGAUCUCCUAAACUCUUCCUCUUCAACCAUAAGAAAGGAAAUUAUUUCUUGCUUACCCAGCGUGGUAGGCGACAAGGAGAAUAUUCGCGUGGCCUUCGUUCUUUGUGGUAUGCUGGACGAAACAAAUAACUCCUUGACCGCCGCAAUCCUAGAUGUUCUAGGUGAUCUUAGCCUUCCCGUAGAUGAAGCUGCCGAAAUUCGACAGAAAGUCGUAAAGAGACUACCAAAUGUUCCUCUCGAAACCGUUCCCGUUCUCCUAGCCUUUGUGUUCAAACGGAUAAAACCAGAUGAAACCCUUUCUAUCAUAAAAGAGGUUGGAUUACACUUCGACAAGAUCUUCAAAAAGCGUCACGAACGUGUUUCAAAAGAUACUGUUAACGAUUGCAUUUCCUUAUCAACAGAAUCAAUUCAGAACUCUAUGAUAGGAUCAAAAUCCUUGGCAGAUACCUGGCUAAAAGAGAUCCAGUCCAAAACGGAACUCACUUGUAGCGAUAUGCUUGUACUAGUGAUUCAACAUAAAAUAAGUGGACGGCGUCCCGAAGUUGAACUGACGAUUCGGAAGAAAAUUCGUUCAGAGAAAUUAACGACUGAACUAGUGAAAGAAACGUUCAAACUAUACGACUGUGUUCUUAAAAACUACUUCGAGCAAUUGUGCGCAAUUGCUGACAACUUGAUCUUGACUUCUGAUCCUUUGCUGGCUCUGCAUGGCUCUGUCUUCUUUCAAGAAAUGUUCGUUCAUUUUGACGAAUUCUAUCAGCAGGAGGUAGUACAAGCAUUAAUCCAAUACGUCAGUUGUGCUGGACACAAUUCAUCGUCCAAUAAUAGUCCUGCGACAGCUGCCUUGAUUGUUCUACAAGAGCUCGCUGAUGCAAAUUGGAACCAUUUGGUCCGAUUUUCGGCCUUCAUUGUCUCCUUGUUGGAAUAUAUCGAGUAUAUGGCGCUUCCUCAGGUGAAAAGAGUUAUGGAACUCUUAGCCAAAAUGGCUUAUGGCUUUUCAAUGACCGAUGAAACGAAAGUGAGGUUAGCAUCCUUCAGUGCUUCAAUCCAAAGUGAGCUCUUGAUGAUAAUUAAAAAGCAGCUUGCAGGAAAACAAGUGGAAUAUCAACGAAUGGGAAUACUGGGCUCUGUUGCCCUUAUCCACGUCCUAGCUAAUCCAGAGCUCGUGGGCGAAUUGAGUGGGAAUGGUCAGUUUAGUCAGUCAAGUCAGUCAAGUUCGUCUUUGACUAUUACAGAUACAAGCCGUAGCGGAGUCCUUCAAAGUGACCAGCGCCUGAUUCAAGCCAAAGCCAUCAUUGAUAUUGUUAACGCCUCCACAAAACACGUCCCAGAGGUCACCGCCCUCUUCAUGGAUGAGAUGGCUAGCACUUCGUUGGUGCAUGACAUCCAUCCUUCUCUUCAUAGCUAUCUUUAUGACGGCGUUUCCGAAAAGUUCCAAGAACACUUUGUGGUGGAUGAAACCGAACAGCAGAUCGAUAUUUUCCAAAUUCCCCUGUCUCUACAGUAUGGUUUGGACACUGUUGAAGAAGAUACACCUUCCGUCGCAAUGGUUUUUCUGAACAUCGCUCCUAUGGCAAUAAAAGAACAAAUUCGCAAGGAUAAAAGAGAUCGAGAGAGGAAUCAGCCAUCUCUUACAACACUAAUGUCUCAUUUUCGGCUCCUCCGCAAUACCAUCGAUUCCUAUCACCAGGCCAACCUUGAAGAUAUCGAUGCACUACUGGGGUGUGCUCUCUGCCUUCCAACAGACGAAGUGAUGGACGAUUUGGAACGAAUGUCUCAAACUGACAAAGACAUAGUGUGUCGUUGCUAUUUUUAUGGCAUCAAUUGGUGUAUCGAAGUCAUUAACACGUUUGCCCGUUCGAAACCAAUGCGCGCCAAAGUUAUACAACGGUUGCGAGACGUGGUAGAUCUUAAAAAGAAGUUCUAUCGGGUUCUGGCUAAAAAUUCUUCCUUCAUGCCCCCUCCAUCGGUGUUUUUGGGAGAACCGGCGCGUGCUCUUAAAGAAAAGAGUAAAAGUGGUCCAAAGAAAAAGGGAGCUGCAUCAAAGAAAGGUGGAACAAAAGGCAAAGGAUCCAAUAAAGUAAAUAGUCAGAAUGACACAACCCUAGCCACACCAAAUAAGUCCAUUUUACAUAGCACACCUCGUGAAUCGAUUUCCGAAGUUUCGAAAUUCGAUUUUGUCCCAUCGCAACCCGGAAAAGUUGGCGAACCAGACAUGGUUGUUUCGACUUAUCCCAUCCAUUUCCGCGAGCUUGACUUAUCCGUGUUUGUGUUACUUUCUUCCACACUGGAACUGACUGAGAAUGAUGCAACUACCGCCUUAAAGCCAACAGAUCUCGAGUUGCUGUUGGGCGAUUUGGCAGCCAAGUUAGAGCACAAGUUAUUAACUGCGGCGCCUAAGCGCCGCUUUCCUCUAAAACAAGAAUCCGAGUAUGACUCUUUCUUGAUGCUGGACCUCUACAUACCCAUGGAAGUAGCUAAGCGGAGUGUGUCACUCAUUAGACGACUAACUACCCACCUGGAGGCUAUUUCGGGCUAUUUCCAGCAACUGAUUGAAAUGAGUGAUGGGAUGCUAGACGGACCGGAAAUGUUCACUGAGCUGGCCCAACGACUCGGCAACAGCUACACGUUGAUUUUUCGCAUUCUUAAUCGCAUUCUUUCAUGGCAUGAGUUCCAGAAGUCAACGGGUGCUCCGUUACUAGAAGAUGCUCUAAAGUUUAUAGCCGGGCGCGUACGUGACGAUGCCAAAACAGCAAAUAUUGAAGAACUUCAGGUUUCCUCGUUCGAUUAUAUAGAGAAAUUUUCCAGUUCGGUUACUUCCUUCGCUUGUGCCGUUGAGCACGUACAGUUGCUGGUCAGUCUUUACAAUCACCAUCCUGAGCCGGAACUAUCGGAACGUUUGGCGACGGUCGCAGAAGGAUAUUUGAAGCGCAGCUGGAAUACAGCGGACGGGGAAUCGAACAAAGGAUCGAAGUUCAAUCGAGAUAUAGAGAAUAUGAUUCAAAUUUAUCUACUUCAUGGCUCUAAUGGAUUUGGAAAAUUAGAGGAUAUUAUUACAAAUGCCAUGGCUGAGGUAAUCCAAUCAGAUAAAAGAGAAAGUGGUUCCGAGUCGGAGUCCUUCCGUACGUGUAACAAGGCAACAUUCACCUUCUACUUUCGUGCGGCAUUUGUCGCUCUGGUCGAAAAUGUCAAAAAAAUUCCCGGUCCAGGUGCUAGUCCAAGAUCUGUAAAAGAAACAUUCAAAACUUGGGAGAAAGUGGUCUACUUGCUGAACCAACUAGUAGAAACAGUAAAAACGAAUGACAAACGAAGCAUCCUCAUUUCUUGCCUAAAGCACGGUCGCUUAGUAAUUGAGUUUUUUUACAAAUCGGCUAUGCCACUACUCGACAAACAGUUCAAGAACAUCAAGGAAGAAUCGCAAGAAUUAUUGAAAAAUUUACAAAAAAGCACGCGGACGCUGCAGAACGUGUGCAAUCAUGCCAAGAUAUCAAGUGAUCAAACGCUAGCAGCUAAUAUUCCAGCUAUGACUAGGAUUCGAGAAGCGAUAUUUUACCGCGUUAAACAUAUGCUUGCAGCACAUGGAUGCGCGGAAGCUUUCUGGAUUGGAAACCUCAAAAAUAAAAAUCUGAAAGGUCAAGAGAUUCUUAGUCAAGGAAGUACUGCAGAAUCCGAUGAUGGCGGACAGGUGCAGAACGCAUCGUCGGAAGAUGAUGAUACGGAAGAAGAAGACGAUGAUGUAACCGUAUUGCGAGAAAAUAUUGCCGAACCAAGUGAUUCUGAUUCUCGCAGUCGCGAAUACUAGCCUGGCGUGGUUUGCAUUGUGCAGGUUUUCACCUUAAGGUUCUUUUUUGUUCAGUAUUUUUUAUGAAUUCAGAAGUUUCUUUAUAUUCUUCUUUACACGGGAAUUUUCGGAAUUUUUCCAUUUAAAUAAAAAUAUGUAAUCAAUA